GAAAUAUUCACCAUUCACCAUCAAGGUUGUUAUUUUUCCUAUUACCAACGUUCUCUGUGAUUGGUGGAUCUCCUCUCUGGUUUUUCUGCGAGAAGUGACGACGGGUCGUUCCCACAGAACUCUGGUCCUUUCUAUUGUCCAUCAACAGUUUCUUCAAGUUUCAGUACACGAUAGCUGCACAAACAGGUAAGAUGAGUGUGGUCGAGGGAGAGGUUUUUCAUGCGGAAUGCAUCCUCAACAAACGACCAAAACAGGGCAAGUUUGAAUAUCUGGUGAAGCGAAGAGGACUGCCAUCCAAGGAACAAGAGAAGGAAAUUAUUUUAUGCAAGUAUGGCAAAAGACCAAGGGGGCGGCCACGAAAAAUUGUGGAAUUGGUUUCAGCAACAACAGAAUCAAGCAGUGCCUUAUUAUCCCCCGAUGAUGAUAUCAGUCCCAAAAUGGUGAAGCCAGACUGUCACACAUGUGAGUCUCACCCUGUUCAGCAGAAGACAGCACAGACCGUGGUGGCUAGGGAGGAGGCAAUGAAGAGAAAACAUGGGAGGAAAGCACUGCCUCCAGAGCAGAGAGCUCCAAAGCUCUUAAAACCUCCUUCUAAAGCUUUGCCCAGGCAACCCAAACCAGCCAUCAAAAAGCCACUUCUUCCAGACUGCUUCACAGGCAUAAGCCUAAGCCCCAGGGACCUUGUUGGUGUGCCGAGUGGACAGUCUAGUGGCAGCAGUGGUCAGGGCCGAGGUGCUUCCCAGCCAUCAGCAGGAUCUCUAAAUGAGCGACAGACAACUAAGAAGAGCAAGGAGCUUCCAGUAGAGCUCAGGGAUAAAAUUGUAGAAAGACAUAUUUCAGGAGAAGGGUAUAAAAAAAUUUCGAAGUCACUGAGCAUCUCUUCCAGCACAGUCAGAUCGAUCAUUCUGAAGUGGAAGGUGCAUCGUACCACUGAGACACUGCCUAGAUCAGGCUGCCCCUCCAAACUGAGUAACCAGGCAAAGAGCAGACUGGUAAGGGAAGCCACUGCGAGACCAACGGUGACUUUGAAAGAGCUAAAGAGUUCAAUCGCUGAGAUGGGGGAAAAUGUGAGUGAGUCAACGAUAUCCCGCUCACUCCACAAAGCUGGCCUGUACUGCAAAGUGGCAAAAAGGAAAGUGCAAACCAAAGGAAGGUGUCCGAUGCAAAGCCAGCAGGGCGUGUCGCCCAGUCAAUACCGUCCAUACAGUGACGUGUUGUGGUGGGAACAUUAUGUUAAGGAGAUUCUUCUUAGCAACAAGAACAAGGAAGCUUCUCAUGAAUGAGGGGGAAACAGAUGGAGCAAAGUACAGGCAAAUAACUGAGGUACUAGCUACAUGACAACUAACAAAACUUUAAGGCUUUACUGGUAUUUUUAAAAUUGGUUUAUAUAAUGAACGUCUCUUCUAUGAUGCUUUAUGCUUCUAACUGAAGAAACUGAAAAAAUGCAUGCAAUGUUGUCUUUACCAUUGUGGUGAGAACAAGACUAUUUUAAAUUUUCAAACAAGUGAAUUGGGGGAAAAAAAAAAUGUGAUCAGCGCAGCAGUUGUAUGAUGGAGUGUGAAGUGUGGACAGAAGUGGGCAUUGUCAGGGUCUGAAUCAAAGAAUCAGAUUUUGUACGAUUCAAAGGUU